AUGCUAGUCGUGGCAGCAGAGUUUCUAGCCCUCGCCGCGCUGGCGCAGGCCGCCGCCUCUGAGCCGGCCGGCCGAACGAUCAACAUUGUCAACGAGUGCCCGUAUCCCGUGUACCCGGCGCUCAGCGAGAGCCCAGCCGCCAACGGCUUCGAGCUCGCCGCGGGCGCCACGCAGAGCGUGUCUGCGCCGGCGCAGUGGGCUGGCCGUAUCUGGGCGAGGACGCACUGCGCCGACGGCAGCGACGGCUUCAAGUGCGCCACGGGCGACUGUGGCACCGGCAAGGUGACUUGCGACAACGCCCAGACUCCCUCCGGCACCUCGUUCGCCCAGUUCCAGCUCGACCACAAGGACCAGGGCGAGGACCGCUACUUCGUCUCGCACGAGAACGGCAAGUCGGACAGCAUACCGCCUCGACCAACCACUAACGUUCCCAGGCUUCAAUGUCCCCAUCUUCAUCCACGCCGAGGGCUGCCCUACUACAGGAUGCGACCAGAGCGCCAACGCCCUCUGCCCCAAGGAGGCGCGCGAGGCGUCAAGAAGAGCGCCAAGGACGCCGGCUUCAAGGCCGAGCGCUGCGCCACGACCACCGCGUACACCGUCACGUUCUGCCCCAGCCACUCCAACUUCAACGGCACGACCUCGGACAAGGUCACCAAGUUUGAGGACGCCCAGGCCUCGUGCACCGGCAACGUCCUCGGCAGCCCCGAGCAGGUGACCUUCGCGGCGAACAGCUACGACGCGCUCAAGCGUAACCUCAAGCGCCGCUUCUCGUGGAGCGCGCUGAUGGCGCGCCAGGACCCGGCCAAGGACCCCGCCGCUGACCCCGGAGCCAACUCGGGCAGCGGCGGCGGUGGCGCCGCGGCCGCUGCUCCCUCCGAGUCGCCCGCUGCCGAGUCGACCUCUCCCGCCGCCGAGUCCGCUUCCCCCGUCGCUGCCUCCGCUGCGCCCUCUGCGGCCGAGACGACAGCUACCGCGGCUGGCGCCGGCGCGAACGGUGCCGACGGCCAGAAGGGUGCUGACGGCGCGAACGGAGGCGGCAGCGGCGGCGAGGGAGGCAAGGGCGGCGCCGGUGGCGGCGGCAGUGCCGACCCCGCGGCUGACCCCGGCUCCAACUCUGGCGGCGGAGGCAGCGGUGCCAACGCCGGCGGUGGCGGCAGCGGUGCUGCCCCUCCUCCCGCCGAGUCCCCGUCGCAGGCCCCUGCCGAGCCGACCCAGGCGCCCGAGGGAGCCGACAACGGCGCUGCACCCCCCGCCGCUGAGAGCUCGAGCAAGAAGCGCAAGCCCGUCAAGACCAAGACCAAGACCGUGACCAAGUUCAAGACCAAGACCAAGACCAAGUCCAAGACCAAGACAGUGUACAAGACCAAGACGGUGUACCGCCCGCGCCCGAAGCACACGCACACGAGCGAGGACGGCAAGGAGACGAGCUUCGCUGUCGGCGGCGCGCCCGAGGCGACGCAGGCGCCUGCCCCCAGCGAGGGCACCAACUCUGGCGGCGGCGGCAGCGGCGCCAACGCCGGUGGUGGCGGCAGCGCUGACCCCGCGGCUGACCCCGGCAGCAACUCUGGCGGUGGUGGCAGUGGUGCCGACGCUGGCACCGACGCUGGCUCUGGCUCUGACUCCGGCGCCGGUGCCGAGCCGAGCCCCUCGGCGAGCGCUGCCCCCGACGCCGCGGCCCCCUCGCCCGACGCCGCUGCCCCCUCGCCCGACGCUGCGGCCCCCUCGCCCUCGGCGGCCCAGGACGGCCAGGACGGCAGCGCGGGCCAGGACGGCGCCGACGGCGCGAACGGCGCGGCCGGCGCUGACUCGGCGCCGCCGCCCAAGGUCUCCGACCCGGCCAAGGACCCCGCCGCUGACCCUGGAGGCGCGCCUGCGCGCCGCGACGGCCAGAAGGGCGCCGACGGGAAGAAGGGCGCGGACGGCGCGUCGGGCGGCUCGGCUGCCCCUGCUGCCGCCCCUGCGGCCGCUGACCCCGCUGCUGAUCCCGGCGCCGGUGGCGGUGCCACUGCCGCGACGCAGGCGCCGCCGAGCAGCCUCGAGUCCCCGCCUGUGCGCACGACCUCUGCGCCGGCCCCGAACGGUUCGGACGGCGUCAACACGCCUGUUCCGGGCAAGGACGGCGCCAAGGGUGCUGACGGCGCCAAGGGCGCUGACGGUGCUCCCGGCAAGGACGGCGCGGCCGGCGGUGCUGGCGGUGCUGGUGGUGCUGGCGGCGCCGGUGGUGGCAGCAAGGGCCCCGACGGCAACACUAGCCACCCCGAGGACGGAUACGACGACUCCGACGACGGCGCCGACCAGCCGUGCCAGGACGAGGAUGAGGCGGCCCACCCGGCGCCGACUGCUACCCCCGCCGCGGCACCGGCGCCGUCUAAGGGCGCUGAUGGCGCGAAGGGCGCCGACGGUGCGCCGGGCAAGAACGGCGCCGACGCCGCGCCCGCCGCCGCUCCGGCCCCGACGCAGUCCUCCGCGCCCGCGCGCGACCCCGCCGCCGACCCCGGAACUGGCGGCGGCAGCGGCAGCGCUGGCGCGAAGGGCGCCGACGGCCAGCCUGGCAAGCCUGGGUCUGGCACCAACGGUGGUGCCGGCGGCGCUGGGGGCAAGGGUGGCGGCUCGCGUCGCUCGUUCAAUUGGGGCGCGCGUGCGUGGCUUGCGCGCCAGGCGCCGAACCCCGCCGACGACCCGUCCGGCGGCGCGGUAGACACGAGCCAGGGACAGGACGGCGCGAAGGGCGCCGACGGGCCGGACGGCACGCCGAUCCCGCCGCCUGUUGCGUCUGAGCCGAGCGCGUCGAGCGCCGUCGGCGAGCCUGUCGCGACGCAGGCGCCGCCGCCGAGCUCGCUCGAGUCGCCGCCUGCGACGACUACGCUGCCUGCCACGACUACGACGGUCGCGGCGCAGGCGCCGAACGGGUCCGACGGCGCCGACGGCGCCCCGGGCCAGGACGGCGGUAACGGUACCCCCGGCCAGGACGGCGCUGCCGGCCAGGGCGGCGGUAAUGGCGGUAACGGCGGUAACGGCGGCGACGGAGUCGCGGCGUCGUCGACGACGACGACGCAGCCCGCAGUCACCCAGAUCCCCUCGAUCACCAGGCCCCCCGUGAGCACGUGCACCACCACCGCCUCGGCCGAGGACGACCACCACCACGUAACCGUCACCGUGACGAUCACAGUGCACGACUCGAAGCCGACGACCAAGGGCCGCAAGGCGCAGAAGGGCGCCAAGGGCAAGGACGGCAAGAAGGGUGCCGACGGCAAGGGCGGCGCGGCGGCGCCGACAGCGUCCGCUGCGCCGACGACCCAGGCCCCUACCCCUGCCGCUGACGCGCCCCAGAACGGCGCGGACGGAGCCAAGGGCGCGGACGGCGCGGACGGCGCCAACGGUGCCGAUGGCGAGAACCCCCCGCCGGCCACCAAGCCCGCCACGACGCAGGCCGCGAACGACCCCGCUGCUGACCCCGGCUCGUCGGGCGGCAGUGGCCAGAAGGGCGCCGACGGCCAUCCGGGCCAGCCGGGCUCGGGAACUGGCGGCGGCGCGGGUGGCGCUGGUGGCAAGGGCGGCGGCCAGUAA